AAUAUAAUAUUCAUAGACUUUAUCCGUUAAUUUCACAUAUUCCUGGUUUCGAGUCUUUGAAUAGAUGAUGAAGACAAGUAUCAGAUAGGGCGUGCGCAAAGUGAAAAUUAGAAAGCAAAGAUAUUCUCCCCGAGCGGCUGUGAGUCAACAAACAUGGCGUCGAAAGUGACAGGAAGGCAGGCGACGCUCCUACGGGUUUUGGUCCUCAGCGGCACCUUCUUCCUCGCUGCGGGUGAGCGAGUGAAGAACAAGAUCUACGAUGAGAUCCAGGGCGACAUGGCGUGCUUCAAGAGGUUCAACGGCACGCAUGAGAUCGGGUGCACGUCCAAGUUCUUCGGGAACACGGGGGUCCUCCAUGUCAUCGAGGAGAAGGCCGAUUUCGACUGGGUGUAUGAGCACGGGCCCCAUCAGCCCUACGUCUUGGCCUUCACGCCGCUGUUCCUGACGGAGGCGGUGCUGGAGCGGGCCACGGACUCGGGGAAGGUGUCCGGGGUGGUGGUGGUGGUGCCUGAGGACUUCGACCCCGAGACGCAGCUCCUGGACGGCUUCUCUGGAGAGACGGAGUGCCCCGACGCCUACCUGGGUCUCUACAACGCCUCAAGCAACCCCGACUAUGCUGGCUAUUGCAGGAAGAAGCCCUGGAACCCCAACGGAACUUCCAUGCUCUACACCUCUUGGGAAUUCCCCAUCUUCCUCAUUACUAACCAAACCUCAGUCAACAAUAUUCAGAAUUGUUUCGAAAAAUUCAAUAAGCCUGUGAAUGGGAUGCCCAGAGAUUGGCCUUUGUGUUCCUUGGAACUAAAAUCCAACAUGUAUGGCACGACCAAUUCGGAAGUCUGUAUGAGGCGGGCUUCCAUAGGGCCCUUAAGCACAGACAAUUUCUGUGAUCCAUUGUAUGACUAUAACAUUUGGGGUACACUAAAGCCUAUGAAUAUGAGUGAAGAGAUCCCUGAGAAGUCUGUAAUUAUAGUAGCUGCAAGAAUGGAUGCAGCAACAAUGUUUGACAACAUUUCUCCAGGUGCAAACUCUGCAGUAUCAGGAAUCAUCACCCUGAUGUCAGCUGCCGCAGCAAUAUUUAAGCACAAGGAGGAGAUAAUAAAUGUGAGCAACAAGAACAUACUCUUCAUUCUCUUCCAGGGUGAGACUUGGGGUUACAUUGGGUCAUCACGUGUAGUUUGGGACAUGGAACAGGGGCAGUUUCCCUACAAAGUUAAAGAUGAUGUGAAAGAUCAGAUUGCACAGAUUAACCUUACCCACAUUGACUACUUCAUAGAGCUGGAGCAAGUGGGACAGCCUGAGGACAUCAACAAGUUGUAUAUACACACAGAUCCCAUCUCCAAUGCCAACCCCGAAUUAAAGAAUGAAACAGACAACCUGCUUAAUAUCUUGGACGAAGCAUCAAAUUUGGUUAAUGAAACUAAGUUUGUGAGGGUCAGAAAGGAUGUUCCCCUCCCGCCUUCUUCAAUUCAGAGCUUCUUGAAACAUGUAAACAUCUCGGGAGUUGUCAUCACAGAUCAUGAGGGUGAGUUUAAAAACCCCUAUUAUGAGAGCUUCCUCGAUAAUUAUCGCAAUGUCAAGUAUGAGGCUGACAAUGAAACCAGUGAUGCAGAUCUUUAUCAUAAGCACAUCAAUAAUGUUGCUAGUGUGUUGGCCACAGCUAUCUACAAAUUGGCCACUAAUACCCAUAAGAAGAUCACAGCUGAUCCAGAACUAACAAACGAGCUCUUAUUUUGCUACAUGAAAAACAUGACCUGUAACCUUGUCCAGGAAUAUGGAGGAGAAAUGGCAAAGCACUUGGAACCGAAACCUGCCAAGCUGUAUGUGAGUGUGGAGAGUGGGGAGAGGUAUAGGUCUUAUGUAACAAUGUACUUGAUGGCGGGGCUCCUUGGAGAUGAGGUAGAGCGAAAUCAAUCUGAUUGCAAGAUUGAAAGCAUUUACAACAUGAAUCACUUUUACUACUUCUCCCACUUACACAAUGGAACAUGUGUGCAGACUACUGUGAGGAUGACUGAAGCCAUGAGUCCUGCCUUCCUCAUAGAUGACUAUGACUGGAAAUCUGGCGAAUAUUCAACCUGGACAGAGAGUGGAUGGAAGUUGACUAAGGUCAUGAUUUUCUUGCGGCCAUCGGUCUUGGAGGAAGUUGCUGUGGUGUGUGGAGGUGUGGUAUCAUUAGUACUCUCCGUGAUUGUUGUUCAUUUCAUGAACUCGCGUGCCGAUCUACUCUUUGGUUUAUCAACACCACCAGCAGCAUGUUGAAACUGUGAUAAAGUAUGUGUAUAUGUGUGUGGAUAUAUGUAAUGUGGAUAAUGAAACUAUUUUGAGAUUUUUUACAGUGAAUUGCCAGGACAGUUUUGAAAUACCUUGUGUGAACUUUGUGGUGUCAUAACUUGGAUGAUGAGGAAAACUGUCCAUUACAUGAUAGGUUGUAAAUCAUGUGAGCAAAUAUCCUCCAGUAAAUAUGUCAUAUCAUGAUACAUCAUGAGGUUUCAGCUUGGAAUUCAUACUGAGAGUUGACAACAAAUUAUUGGAUUAUUGGUCAUCCUCACUUUUCAUCAAAUUGCACAUAACUUUCCCCUCUUAAUGAAGAGAGUAUAUACUUAUAUUGUUACUAACAUUUUUCAUGUUUUGCUUGAAUGGAAAGCUCUCUUUUUCUUUCUUUACAAAUUUUGCUAUCAUGGUUAGCAGAAUGUCUCCAAAUUUAAUGGAAUGGAAUAGCCUAAUGUAAAAAGAUUCUCGUGUGAUAUCCUUGUUACCUGCUCGAUACAUAUUCAUCAGUUUCUGGUCUGUGUUUUAGGAAUCAAAGCACAAUCAUUAUUCCAUUUACAUACCAUAUGUGGUAAACAUUUGUAAAGUAAUUGAAAAUUGAAAACAUAAUGAAUAUAGAAAUAAUUAUCGAAAAUUAAUUUACAGUUGACAGUUGAAUUUUCUCUGUGGGAUGGCAAUUUCAGAAUUGAAUAUUGACUUAUAUAGAUGUUUUGUUUUGAUAAUUGAAAUAAUGUCAUUUCAUUGGAAAACAUACUUUACCCUUUAUUAUUACACUUGAUUAUUUUUUGAGAAUGUGCAGAGGUUGAUUGUAAAGGAGAGUGAAAGCAGCAUCGGGGAACAAAAUAUAUUUAUCAUAUUGCAUUGUGUCCGGUAAUGUCUGUCUUGUAUGGUGUCAUUUCUUUUCCCCUCUCCACCAUGUGAGACAAUGAUUGAUGGUAUUAUAGUCAUGCAUUGCAAUUCAUAAUCUUUAUUGCUAGGACUAAUUUACAGUAAUUCACUGUGAGGGAAAACUAGAGCAAGAAGAUAUUUUAUGAUUAUGGUAAUCAGAAUUGUUCUUUAAAAUGAAAUUUGUUAUGAUGUCUUAUUUAUUUAUAAUGCAUAGAACUCUUGAAAGUAUUUUUAGUCAAAGGUAUACAUGAAGUGGUAGAAGAUAAUCCUCCUUGCAGUAUACUUUUUCCCCUCUUUCUCUUCUCUUUUCUCCCCCCUCCCCAUUCCUCAAAUGUCACUAAUACAUUCCAUGCUUAUGUUGACUGAUGCAUUUGUCUUUUUGACAGGUUAUUUAAUCUAGGCUCAUGUAAUAUUGCUAAGCUAGAAUAAGGUCCCAGUAAACUGUGUUUCUUGAUUUAGAAUUGCACUAUGGCUCAGUGCAGAUCUUUGGUGUUCUGCAUAACUGCAUUUUAUAUAUGGAAGCGAUUUGAAAAUUCCUUAUAGUAAUGGUAUUUAUUUCAAAUUACAUAUGCGGGUGACUAAUACAUGGCAGUUCUAGUGCUUGAGCUAUAACGAACUCAAGCUUGCAACAGUUUAGGAUGCAAAAUGUUGUGAUUAUCAUUUUAGAAAAUGUAAAUGGUCUGAACAUAUAGAGAAGAAAUGGUGUGUCAAGAUAAUAAAGGAUAUAGUUUAUUAUUAUCAUUAUUUUUUUUUCUUUCUUUCUUUCUUUCUUUCUUUUAUUUUUUUUCUUUUUAAUAAUAUUAUGAUCAUCAUUGUUAUUGUUAGUAUGGUUAUUCAUGUUUUUAUUAUUUUAGCUUUGAUUAAUUUCUAGUGAAGUAAAUGAUGGAUGGUUAAAGUGUAAUCAUGUCAUGUUUUGUCUCUAUUUAGCUCAUAGAUUCUUUGUGCAGGCUAGAUUGAAGGAGAAAUCACUGCAUUUCACUGUCUGCCAAGAUCAGCCAAAGAUUGUGACUAAUUUUAUAAACAAAUGAAAAUGUGAUAAGUAGAUUUGUCUUGUAAGCUUUGUAAAUAAACAGAUUUUUUU